AUGAUAGCUCCACUGAUUUUGACUCUUUUUGCAACUGCUUACGCUAAUGUGAUCAUCGAUUUAAAGUGUCCAGAAUUCAAACCGAUAGAGAACUUUAACUUUUCUGCGUAUGGGACCGGUGUCUGGCGUGAGGUAGCUCGGUAUCCUAACGAAUAUGAGGAGGAGGAUAUUAAGUGUGAUCGUGGCGUGUACACUAUUGAGUUAGAUUAUUCCUCAACUCGUAAUGUUUUAGUCCAAGACGGCAAAGAAAUUAGAAUAGACGGUGUAAUAAGAAAAGUUACGGGUGCUGGAAACACCGGCGAACUUGUUGGUUUCAUAUCUCUUGACAACUGGAAAAUGGGAAACACCUUCUACAUUUUGGAUACAGACUAUGAUAACUACGCCAUAACUUAUACAUGCAAAUAUGAUGAAGGGAAAAAAUCGCGCCGUGAUUAUGUUUGGAUACUUUCUCGAAGUAAAACCUUGAGUGCCGAUGUUAAGACUAAAAUUCAAAACUUCAUGAAAUCCUCCGGAUAUCUUGACUACGACAAAUUAAUAUGGCCCGAAACAUCCUGUAACGAAUGA